UCUUAUCUUAUCUGAUUUCUCAACAAAAGCGUAUGAAAUCUCAAUCACAUCUACGGUGGCCGCUCGCUAACGCCAUCCCUCCUCCCCGGUCUCACUUCUGCCUACUCUCCACCAACCCCAAUGGCCAAGAUUUCAGACAAGGACCUCAACGCCGUAACGAGAAGGAUUGCAACCAUCUCCAACCAUCUCCUGUUGCCGAUCAGUUCAGGCUCGAAUUCCGGUUCGAGCGGUGGUUCUAUCGGGCUGUGUAAUGCUUUCAUGGAUGAUAGCUAUCAUAGAAUCCAUGGUGAAGUUGCAAGCCAUGAGGUUGAGUGGAAAUCCGCUUGCGAUGAGUAUGACAAAGAGUUCACCGAUAUUAUUUAUGAAAAGGCUGUCGGCGAAGGCAUUGCAAAGAUUACAAUAAAUAGACCGGAGAGAAGAAAUGCUUUCCGUCCGCAGACGAUUAAGGAGCUUAUACGUGCGUUUAAUGAUGCCAGGGAUGAUAGUUCAAUUGGAGUCAUAAUUCUCACUGGGAAGGGAACCAAGGCUUUCUGUAGCGGUGGUGACCAGAAGUUGCGAAAAGCUGAUGGUUAUGCUGAUUUUGAACAUUUUGGCCGCCUUAAUGUCUUAGAUCUUCAGGUUCAAAUUAGGCGACUUCUGAAGCCAGUGAUCGCGAUGGUUGCUGGUUAUGCUGUUGGAGGAGGACAUGUGUUACAUAUGGUUUGUGAUCUGACCAUUGCUGGAGACAAUGCUAUUUUUGGUCAAACUGGUCCCAAGGUGCUUACAUAUCAUAUUGUAUUUGAUCUGGAAACGAUUAAACUGGUUGGACCUAAAAAGGCACGCGAAAUGUGGUUUCUUGCCAGGUUUUACACUGCCUCCGAGGCAGAGAAAAUGGGGCUUGUGAAUGCUGUUGUGCCGCUAGAGAAAUUAGAGCAAGAAACAAUUAAAUGGUGCAGAGAGAUCCUAAGAAAUAGUCCAACAGCAAUCAGAGUGCUCAAAUCAUCUCUUAAUGCAGUUGAUGACGGCCAUGCUGGACUUCAGGAACUUGGUGGAAAUGCCACACUGAUCUUUUAUGGAACUGAAGAAGGGAACGAGGGGAAGACCGCCUAUGUGCAACAUAGACGUCCAGAUUUCUCAAAGUUUCCAAGGCGACCCUAAAGUUGGAUUCGAAUGGUUUGUAAUUUGGAAUCUACCACUUUUUUGUAAUCUAUUUAUGGACGAGUCUUCUCCGGAGAAUAUGCUUGCUCUUUGAUGCAAUGUAUACUUGUUUAUUGCCUGUAAAACAAUCUCAUGAACAGGCUUAAGUUAAUCAAAUUUGCUUCAUUAA